AUGGGGUCGACGACGUCGUUGAGCCGGAGCGGGAGUUUUGGGUCCAGGAGUUUGCGGGACGCGGCGUUUGACGGCGGGGCAGGGAGCCAAGCGGCAGGGCAUUUCGAGUUCCAGAGGAGCACGACGGAGGACGACGAGGACGAGCUGAAAUGGGCGGCAAUUGAGCGCCUCCCCACCUACGACAGGCUGCGGAAGGGGGUUCUGAAGCAUGUCGCCGGCGGCGGUGCAGGGGAAGUUGAGUUGCAGGAAAUUGACGUGGGGAAGCUCGGCGGAACAGAGAGGAAGCUGCUGAUUGAAAGCCUUCUCAAAGUCGCGGAAGAGGACAACGAGAAGCUGCUGCGUCGGAUCCGGCACAGGACCGAUGUCGUCGGGAUUAAGAUUCCGACGGUCGAGAUUCGGUUCGAGGGUCUUUCCGUUGAAGGCGAUGGGUACGUCGGAGUUAGCUCUCUCCCCACUCUGCUCAAUUUCGUGGUGAACACUUUUCAGGGGAUUCUUGGGUUCUGUCGGGUUUUCCCAACUAAGAAAAGGGUCGUCAAGAUUCUUCAUAAUAUAAGCGGAAUUGUAAAGCCAUCGAGAAUGACUUUGCUUUUGGGGCCUCCAGGAUCAGGCAAAACUACCCUCCUGAAGGCACUUUCCGGGAAACUAGACAAUAAUUUAAGGGUGUCAGGAAGAGUGACAUAUUGUGGACAUGAGUUCCACGAGUUCGUGCCACAGAGAACGUGUGCUUAUAUCAGCCAGCAGGAAUGUCACCUUGGAGAGUUGACCGUGAGGGAGACGUUGGAAUUUUCAGGCCGUUGCUUGGGAGUUGGGACCAAGUACGACUUGUUGGCUGAGUUGUCCAGAAGAGAGAAAGAAGCAGGAAUCAAGCCAGAUCUGGAGGUUGAUGCAUUCAUGAAAGCUACAUCCGUUACUGGACAGGAAAACCACCUCGUUGUAGAUUAUGUUAUGAAGCUUCUUGGAUUGGAUAUAUGUGCUGACAUCAUUGUCGGUAAUGAAAUGAGAAGAGGGAUAUCUGGUGGGCAGAAAAAGCGCGUCACCACGGGGGAGAUGUUGGUUGGACCGGCUAAAGUAUUUAUGAUGGACGAAAUCUCAACCGGGUUGGAUAGUUCUACGACUUACCAAAUUGUCAGGUUUAUGAAGCAGAUGGUCCAUAUUAUGGACAUUACCAUGGUCAUCUCCCUUCUCCAGCCUGCACCCGAGACCUAUGAACUCUUCGAUAACAUUAUCCUCAUCUCUGAGAACCAGAUUGUUUACCAAGGUCCUAGGGACAACGUUCUCGACUUCUUCGAAUAUGUUGGUUUCAAGUGUCCUGAAAGGAAAGGAGUCGCAGACUUCUUGCAAGAGGUUACUUCAAAGAAUGAUCAGAAGCAGUAUUGGUCAAAACCCGAAGAAACUUAUCGAUACAUCUCAGUACCCGAUUUUGUGAUGUUCUUCAACUCGUUCUUGACGGGAAAGAAGCUUGAUGAGGAGCUCGCAGUGCCUUACGAUAGAUCUAGUACCCAUCCUGCUGCAUUAGUGAAAGAGAGAUACGGAAUCUCUAACAAGGAUCUCCUAAAGGCGUGCUUUUUGAGAGAGAUGUUGUUGAUAAAGAGAAAUGCUUUCCUUUAUAUCUUCAAGACCAUGCAGCUCACCAUCAUGUCAAUAAUUUGCAUGACUAUGUUCUUCAGGACUACGAUGCAUGUUGGUCAUUUGGGAGACGGGAACAAGUUCUACGGUGCUCUGUUUUGUAGCCUGCUCAACAUUAUGUUCAAUGGAGUUUCUGAACUAAUGUUGACCACACAAAGACUUCCUGUAUUCUACAAGGAGCGAGAUUCCUUGCUUUAUCCUGCAUGGGCAUUUGCUUUGCCAAUCUGGGUUCUCCGAGUUCCUAUCUCGUUUGGAGAGUCACUCAUAUGGAUUUCCUUGACAUAUUACACAAUUGGGUUUGCUCCAUCAGUUGAUAGAUAUUUCAAGCAGUUUCUUGCAUUUGUUUGUAUAAAUCAGAUGGCCCAAGGUUUGUUUCGCUCCAUUGCUGCAGUAGCUAGAUCGGUUGUGAUAGCACCCGUCAUUGGUAUGUUCACAUUGCUAGUUGUUUUUGUUCUUGGAGGAUUCAUUAUUGCUAAAGAUGACAUCCAACCAUGGCUGAUCUGGGGCUAUUACAUUUCUCCAAUGAUGUAUGGCCAGAAUGCUAUCGUGAUUAAUGAAUUUCUCCACGAAAGAUGGAGUGAUCCAAAUCCCGACCCUAGGAUCCUAGAGGCAACAAUUGGAAAGGCCAUUCUUAAAGUAAGAGGCAUGUUUGUCGAGAACAAGUGGUACUGGAUAUCAAUUGGGGCACUCAUAGGAUUUACUAUGAUUUAUAAUAUAUGCUUCGUUAUCGCCUUAACUUACUUGGAUCCUUUGGAAGAUUCUAAAUCCAUAAUAUUGGAUGAUAAUCAGAAUAAGAGAUCAUCCAAAACCUCCGAAUUCAACUCAAGUUCCAUCGAGAUUACUACAAUCACAUCAUGUACCCCAAUGGAAGGUCCCGAUGAAGAAUCUAGAAAAAAGGGAAUGGUAUUGCCCUUUCAGCCUUUGUCAUUGGCAUUUAAGAAUGUAAACUACUACGUUGAUAUGCCUGCAGAAAUGAAGUCCCAAGGAGUAGAAGAGGAGAGACUGCAAUUGCUACAUAAUGUUAGUGGUGCUUUUAGACCAGGAGUUUUGACAGCUCUUGUUGGAGUUAGUGGUGCAGGAAAGACCACUUUGAUGGAUGUCUUAGCAGGCAGGAAAACUGGAGGGUAUACUGAUGGAAGCAUCAACAUUUCUGGUUAUGCCAAGAAUCAAAGGACAUUUGCUCGAAUCAGUGGGUACUGCGAACAAAAUGAUAUCCAUAGUCCGCGGAUUACUGUGUACGAGUCCCUCUUGCACUCUGCUUGGAUGCGUCUUUCCAAGAAUGUCAACAAGCAAGAUAGAAUGAUGUUCAUUGAAGAAGUGAUGGAGUUGGUUGAGUUGGGCCCCUUGAGGAAUUCGAUAGUAGGUCUUCCGGGAGUGAAUGGUUUGUCAACCGAGCAACGAAAGAGGCUCACUAUAGCUGUAGAGCUAGUUGCAAAUCCCUCCAUAAUCUUCAUGGACGAGCCAACAUCCGGUCUUGAUGCUCGAGCUGCUGCAAUUGUCAUGCGGACCGUGAGAAACACAGUGGAUACAGGAAGAACUGUUGUCUGUACCAUACAUCAACCAAGCAUUGACAUUUUCGAAUCUUUUGAUGAGCUACUGUUGCUGAAGAGAGGAGGGCAAGUUAUAUAUGCAGGCUCUCUUGGACGCCAUUCUCAUAAGCUGGUAGAAUAUUUCGAGGCUAUCCUGGGGGUUCCCAAGAUCCAAGAAGGUACAAAUCCUGCUACAUGGAUGCUUGACGUUAGCUCCAGCGCUGUAGAAUCUCACCUGGAUGUGGACUUUGCUGAAAUUUACUCUCAUUCUGAACUAUACAAGAGGAACCAGGAGCUGAUUGAAGAGCUAAGUACUCCAUCACCAGGGUCAAAUGACCUAUAUUUUCCUACACAAUACGCACAGGAUUUCUUAACCCAAUGCAGAGCUUGCUUUAUGAAACUGCAUCGAUCUUACUGGCAGAACCCAUCAUACAAUGUUACAAGAUUUUUCCUCACAAUAAUUUUUGGUGUUCUCUUUGGACUUAUCUUCUGGAAGAAGGGACAAAAGACGGCAACGCAACAAGACGUGUUCAACUUGCUUGGAGCUACUUAUUCUGCCGUAAUGUUCCUUGGAGGAAGCACAUGUUCUGCUGUAAUGCCUAUUGUUUCCAUCGAAAGAACAAUCCUGUAUCGGGAAAGAGCAGCAGGAAUGUACUCGGAAAUGGCUUUUGCAAUUGCCCAGGUCUCCAUUGAAGCAACCUAUGUGGCAAUCCAGACCUUCGUCUAUUGUGUGAUACUGUUUCUGAUGAUUGGAUACCCAUGGCAUCUAGCGAACUUCCUGUGGUACUAUUUCUUCAUAUGCAUGAGUUUCAUCUACUUCGCUCUCUACGGGAUGAUGCUUGUCGCCCUCACUCCAGGCUACCAAAUAGCUGCCAUUACAAUGUCGUUCUUCCUCACCACAUGGAAUAUCUUCUCCGGCUUCAUUAUUCUACGAACGGAAAUGCCAAUAUGGUGGAGAUGGUACUACUGGGCAUCCCCAGUGGCGUGGACAUUGUAUGGGUUGCUUGCUUCCCAACUAGGAAACAUAGAGAGUCUCGUGGAAGUGCCAGGACAAGGAAGCAUGUCAGUGAAGCAGUUCUUGAAACAAUCAUUUGGAUUUGAUUAUGACUUCCUUGUAGCUGUUGCAGCUGCCCACAUUGGGUUUGUGUUCCUCUUCCUCUUUGUGUUUGCCUAUGGAAUCAGAUUUCUGAAUUUCCAAAGGCGAUAA